UCAAGCCCCAUUCCAACAGAAACAACUCAUUUCGAGCCAGUUGUGGGUUGUUUGUUAACACGGCGAGUCGUCGAAAUUAUAGUUCAUUAUUGUUAGUGCAUGCAACGGCACCAUGCACGAUACUAUAUUAAAUCAGCUGGAGCGCGACGGGUUCGCGGUGGUGGAGGGGUUCCUGCGGGACGCCGAGUGCGAGGAGCUGGCCGCCGCCGGCCUGGAGCUCACGCGCCACCUGCCCGAUGCGCCGCCCACCGUCUUCUCCACCACUGAACCCGAACAACAGCAAUUAAAGGACAAGUACUUUAUGGAAAGCAACGAUAAAAUCAGCUAUUUCUACGAGAAAGAUGCGCUCGACGCCGACGGAAAGCUUCAAGUUGACCCAAGCAUUUCAUUAAAUAAGGUUGGGCACGCUCUGCACGCGCUGCACCCCAUCUUCCGCUGCUACACGUACAGCGAGCGCGUGAAGGCGCUGUGCCGCGCGCUGCGGCUGGCCGAGCCGGCCGUCGUGCAAAGCAUGUACAUCUACAAGAACCCGGGGCUCGGAGGCGAGGUGGUUCCGCAUCAAGAUAUAUCGUAUUUACAUACAGAGCCAAUUCCACCAAUAGGGUUUUGGAUAGCUCUAGAAGACGCAACGAUACAAAACGGUUGCCUUUGGAUGGCUCGAGGGUCCCACAAGUCGGGUGUCCACAGACGGAUGCUCCGCAGCCCUGAAGAUAGAAAUAAAUGUGUCUACGACAAGCCCGCGCCCGUGUACCCGGAGUCGAGCUUUACCCCCGUCCCAGUCACUAAAGGGACGUGCAUAUUAAUCCAUGGGAACGUGGUACACCGCAGCGCGCCGAACCGCAGCACGGCGGGCCGCCCCGCCUACACCUUCCACGUGGUCGAGAGGAAGGACAACAACUACUCCAAGGACAAUUGGCUACAAGAAGGAGAGAAUGCCCCCUUUUUGAAUAUUUACACGACAUCUCAGAUGUUAUAACUGUUUUAGGUAGCUAUG